AUGGAACUUGCCAUUUGUGGAAUAAUUAUCAAUGUCUGAGGUCUGAUUUCAACUGCCCUUGGCUGGGCUCUCCAGAAGAAGGCUCACAAUCAAAUAAAGGGAACUAAUGAGUCUUCUCUUAAAAUCCCAAAGUGGUGGCUUGGUAUGGGUCUAGUACUUCUAGCACAACCUCUCUAUCUAGUUGCUAUUACAAUGACUAAAAUUUCGAUUCUUGGUGUCCUCGGUCCUAUAGGAAUCCUAGCCAGUAUCAUCCUGGCUAGAGUUUUCCUGGAAGAAAAGAUUAGCACAGUGGAAUACCUUGCAAUGAUUCUAUUUAUACCAGGUUCGAUCAUCACACUUUGUUUUUCUUCACUGGAAAAUCAUAGGUACAACAAGGAAGAAUUCGACACCUUGUUCUAUUCUUGCAGAUCGUUGACUUAUUUAUUCAUAAAUUGCAUUUUGAUGUGUGUACUACUGCCAGUAUGUCACUAUAUUCUAAAAAUUGACCCAUAUGGUAAGAAAGUAACAUAUCAUGAGCAGCUAGACGAGCCUCUUCAGGACUAUUCUACUCGGACGCCUAGUUCAAAUUCGAAAGAUAGCUUCAAAACGAGCAGUUUUGGCAGUGUGAAUCUUCACAAUAUAUUUUCAGAAGAAAAUGAAAAAUGAAGGCCAUUAUUAACAAAAUUAUGUAAAAAGGACUCUUUCAUGACCGUGUUAUUCUCGAAUCCGAGGCUGAGGUUCUUACCUCUUAUCGUGUAUCCAUACUUUGGCCCAUUUGUGUCCGGAUUAUCCAUCACUUUUGCCAGAGUUCUAUCAGGAUUCUUCUCAACAGCUCCAGCUGAAGGCCAUUCGUCUAAUUUUGACACAAUUGGACCUUGGAUUUAUAUUAUCUAUGUUCCCUUAGGAGCGACAUUUUCUUACUUUUUAGUCAAUGAAGCAUUAAAACAUUAUGAUACAAUCUACGUAGUGCCAUUAUUCAAGAUUGGAGAUCUGAUGCAUCAUUUACUCAGUGGGGCAAUUUUCCUUCAAGAAUUCUAUGAUUACAGCUUAAAAGAAUUGUUGUUAUUUGUCCUAGGAGUCUUAAUCUGAGCGACUGGAGUCUGACUCCUCCUCUUCAGCAACGAUCAGAAUGAAAAAGAUAAGCUACGUAAAUCUUCACUUGAUGCUCCAUAUCUACUUGAGAGUAAUAUCUCUUCAAGCAUUGAGCUCAGAAGGGAUAUAAAAUAGGCUUAGGAAUUUUAAUUUCAAUUGGCUCUUA